AAAAGGGAGAGAAGGGGAAAAAAGGGGGUUGCGGCGCCGCAGCCCCAUCGGGGAGGCAGUAGCCGGUCCCCCGGCGCGCUCCUGCCCCGGCCCGGCUGGGCUACCCGGGCCUGGCCAUUCGCUGACGCAGUCGCCAGCGAGCCCCAAGCCUGGGCCCGGCCCGAGGGCUGCAGGCCGGGGAGCCGGGCAGGAUCCGUCCCUGCCCCGCAGGCUACCCGGCGCGGCGUGGAGGACAGCGGGGCCCGGCGCAGAGCCUGGCAUUUAUUUGUUUUUAAUUAUUUUUUUUCCCCCAUUCAGACACUUAUUUCAAACUAACGUGAUGGGAACAACCACGCUGGGGUUUGUCCUGCUCCCGGCCGCGCGCUGUCCUGCCUGAUUUAGGGGAUUUUAGCGUAUUUAUCUCCCCGGUGCCGAUUUCCAUCCCCCCAGCCCAGCCCCGGGCAUCCCGGCGGCGGCGCUGGGAACCGCGGCUCCGCGGCCGGGCAGCACCCGACGGAGCCGGCCCCAUCGCCGAGCCCUUCCCGCACUCCGUCCUCGCUCGCCCCCCCCGCAUCCCUGCAUACCCCGGCGGGACCCCCCUAUUUUGCCGUCCCCGCCCCGCAGGGGCGUGCAGAGCCCGGGCGGGGAAAGCCCCCACGGAGCUGCCGGGCGAGGAUGCUGCGGGCGGGGGAAGGAGGGGGGGCGGAGGAGGGGGUCUGCGCCUCUCCCCCCACCCCACCCCCCCGGGCCGGCUCCGUUUGGGGCCGGGGGUGCGGUUUGGGGGCGGUGUGGGGCGGCGGGAUUGGCUGGCCCGGCCGCCGGCCCCGCUCGCCCCGGCCCGUCUGCGGCGCCGCGGCCAGCUGGCGCCAGCGCUCAUAUAGGAUGCGCGGGGAUGGGACCGAGCCGGCCAGAGCAGCGGCUUUGCCAUCUGAGUAACACCCUCCAUCCAGCCUCCUCCCGCGCUCGCUCUGCCUUCCCGCCCCCCCCCCUUUCUCCCUCCUCGUUUUUUUUCUUUUUUUUUUUUUUUUUUUAUUAUUUUUUUCUCCCCCUCUCCGCGGCACUCGCAUCCUCCGAGCAGGCAUCCAUCACCACCCACCCCGCCGAGGCACCCUGCCUCCCGCGCCGGGUGCUGCCCCGGCGCUCCCCGGGACCCGCCGCUGCCACCCGCCCGCUGACAGAGGGACACGCUGACUCCGGGGGUCCGUCCCCCCCCUUCUGAGGGCGCACUCCAGUCACCCGGCGAUUUUCUCUUUUAAGAAAAGCCACUCCGACUCCUAAAAGCCACCUCCCGAGCAGCACCACCGCCCCCUCCCCACCGAGCGCCGCUCGCUCCUGGUCCGGGGGUGGGUGGGAGGGGAGGCCCGAGGCCAUGGAGGUGGCCACGGACCAGCCUCGCUGGAUGGCCCACCACGCCGUGCUCAACGGGCAGCACCCCGAGAGCCACCAUCCCGGACUGGCUCACAACUACAUGGAACCAGCGCAGCUCCUACCUCCGGACGAAGUCGAUGUCUUCUUCAACCACCUGGAUUCCCAGGGCAACCCCUACUACGCCAAUUCUGCUCAUGCCCGGGCCAGGGUCUCCUACAGCCAGGCACACGCCCGCCUGACGGGGAGUCAAAUGUGCCGGCCUCAUCUUAUCCACAGCCCCGGGAUCCCUUGGCUGGACAGCAGCAAGGCGGCACUGUCUGCCCAUCACCACAACCCCUGGACCGUCAACCCCUUCACCAAGACACCCCUGCACCCCUCGGCAGCCGGAGCCCCCGGGGCCAUCUCGGUGUACCCAGGCAGCAGCACCUCCAGCACUGCCUCCGUCUCUUCGCUCACCCCAGCCUCACACUCCAGCUCCCACCUCUUCGGCUUCCCCCCGACCCCUCCCAAGGAAGUGUCCCCGGACCCCAACUCCACCAGCGCUGCCUCCCCUUCAUCCUCCGCCGGGGCCCGGCAGGAGGACAAAGACAGCAUCAAGUACCAAGUGUCGCUGUCGGAGGGAAUGAAGAUGGAGAGUGCCAGCCCGCUCAGAAGCAGCCUCACCAGCAUGGGGGCCCAGCCCUCCACCCACCACCCCAUCCCCACCUACCCCUCCUACGUGCCGGCUGCCCACGACUACAGCAGCAGCCUCUUCCACCCAGGCAGCUUCCUGGGGGGCCCCGCGUCCAGCUUCACCCCCAAGCCGCGAAGCAAGGCCAGAUCCUGUUCGGAAAGAAAUCCGGUUUCUUCGUGUUUCCAUUUAGAAGGCAGAGAGUGUGUGAACUGUGGAGCAACUGCUACCCCUCUCUGGAGAAGAGACGGCACCGGGCAUUACCUGUGUAACGCCUGCGGGCUCUACCACAAAAUGAAUGGUCAAAACCGACCUCUCAUUAAACCUAAACGAAGGCUGUCAGCGGCUAGGAGAGCAGGGACUUGUUGUGCCAACUGUCAGACAACCACCACGACCUUAUGGCGACGUAACGCAAACGGGGACCCAGUUUGUAAUGCCUGCGGACUCUACUAUAAAUUGCACAAUGUGAACAGGCCUCUGACCAUGAAAAAGGAAGGAAUUCAGACCAGGAAUAGGAAAAUGUCCAACAAAUCAAAGAAGAGCAAGAAAGGCUCUGAGUGUUUUGAGGAACUGUCCAAGUGCAUGCAGGAGAAAUCGUCUCCUUUCAGCGCUGCUGCCCUUGCUAGUCACAUGGCGCCCAUGGGGCAUUUGCCGCCUUUCAGCCACUCUGGACACAUCCUACCAACACCUACCCCCAUCCACCCAUCUUCCAGCAUCUCAUUUGGACAUCCACACCCAUCCAGCAUGGUUACAGCCAUGGGAUAAAACCCGACAACCAAGAGACCCACCCAGAGAUGAAGAACAUGGGGCUUUGCCUAAGAUGACACCAAGUAAGAAAAUGUUCUGCCAAGAGGAGCAUGUAGGGAUGGCAAAAGGGAAUCUUUGCUCCCAUGUGGUUUGACUCUUAAUGCUGGACUAAAACCUUGCAAAUGAUGGGUCUUCUGCAGAAACGUGUAGUGGUGCCUGUAAUGCACUUUGCCCCCUCAGGUAUUAGGAAAAAGAACUCACCUGUUCGAUACGUAAUGGUCCAGCAGGAAGCAAAAAGGUGGCAGAAGCUGAAGGAAAAGGCUUGGAACUGGCUUUCCUUUCUCUCUUUGUUAUUACUGUGAAUAUUGUAAAGAGAUAUAAGCAGCCUCGCAGGAUGGAAUCGGCUUACUGGAAGCCAGACAUGCUGGAUUUCUAUCGUGGACUCUGUUUGGGAUGGGGAAAAAAUAAUAAAAAAAAAAAUUAAAGAAGGACAACUUUAUAAAGACGUAAUUUUUAAAAUGAAAUCAGACACAAAGUCAUAUUUAUUUUGCUCUUGUUUUCCACAAAAAGCCUCAACCCUCUGAUUGCAUGUUUUUGUGCUGUUGUUUGCAAUGGUAAGAAAACCUGCCUUCAAAACAAGGGGGAGAGGGGGGAACAUAUGCAACAGCCCCCCUUGGAUUAGCUCCAUCUAUCUUCCAUACCAAAAUAUCUACUAGGAAGAGGGAAAAGACUGGGGAGGGGAACAAAGCAAAGAUGUAACUGUAAUACGGGAUUUUAAUGUGCCCAAGGUGGUGACUAUUUUGACACAAUUUCUUCAUUCUUCUCCCUAACGUGAAAGAUUUGUUUUUGAAAAAAAAAAAAACAAA